AUGCAUCACUUUUAUAAACAUAACCAUCCUUGUAUCCACAGCCUCCAACUUACUUCAAAUAUGACGACUGAUGAUAAUAAUAUAGAAUAUGUCAAUCCUUAUAGCCUUGCAGAGUCAACAAACUCGGAUCUUAUAUCUAUACUUGAUCCUAAUGGAUCAACCACAUCAAUUAUCAAACCACAGUUGAAUUAUCAAAUUCCAAUUUUCAAAUCCAUCGAUGUUUCGAAUUUAAUUGAUUUGAACAAUACUAAAAUCCAAACUAAAACAAAUGAAACUCGAAUCAAUAAAACCAAAAAAUCCAAUGAUGAUGAAAACACAAAUAAUACCCUCCUGUUUAAAGAUGAUGAUAAUAAUAAUGGAGGGAACAUUGUUGAAGGAAUUGAUGAUAUUGUUGAAGAUGUGAAAUUAUAUGUUUCUAUAGAUAAACUAAAACCAGAAAAUUUUCAAAAUCAAUUAACAACAAUUAUAAUCAAUCGAUUUCCUAAUAAUUUGAAAAUAAAUUUAAUUGAACAAUUGUUAAAAAUGUUAAUGAAUUCGAAACCAUUUGUAUGGUCAUUUAUUAAUCAUGAAUUAAUUGAUUUAAAACUAAUAUUUAUAAAAUUUGAUCAAUUAAUUGAUUUGAAAUGGUUUUUAUUAACUUAUAAUAAUUAUAUAUCUCAAUUGAUUCCUAAAGUUUCUAUUAUUACUAAUGAUAAAGUUGAUGAAUAUUUGAAUAACAACAAAGACACUUCGUUAAUGCAUGUUGAACCUAGUAAAAUCACUGAUAAUUUAAAGGCGAAAAUAAGUUUAAUAAUUAAUAAUCCAAUAAAUUAUACCAAAGGUAAAAAGAAUUCGGGGACAGAAGAUUUAGAUCAAGUUUUAGAUUCUUAUAGUAAUUAUAAAGUGGAUAAUAAUGAUUUAAUUGAUAUUCCUAAUAAUAUGAAAGAAAAUAUCAUUAAAGAUAUAAUUAAAUUUCGAUCAAGAAUGUUAUUGAUUGAAAAAGAACAACAAAAGAAAGAAAUUGAAAUGGAAAGAAUCAAAACCAAGAAUAAAUUAAAAGAACUAUUUGAAGGUAUUAAAGAAACUUCCGAGAAUUCUCCUGAUGGUAUAACAACAACAGGCACCACAAGUAAAACUGGUGCUGGGUUUAAAAUCCCUCAUAAAGUAUCGUAUCGAGAUGAAUAUGGGGAUAUGAAUGAUAAAGAAUAUGAAGAAUUUAUUGCUAAUGAAGAACGUAAUAAAUUAAAUGAUGAAUAUAUUAAGAAAUUGAAAUCAUUUCAAAAUAAUCAACAUGAUGAAUAUAUUAAAUUAACUAAUAAAUUGAGAUCUUUACAAAAUUAUGAAUCUGAUUUAAUUGAUAAUAAAUUAAAAUAUAUCGAUAAUUUGAAAAAUUAUCAAACUAAUGGAUUAGCUCAUUUAUAUAUUCAUAAUUAUAGUGAUUAUUUAAGAAUGAGAUCACAAAAGAGAUCAUUGGAAGAAACAAAGGAUGCUGAAGAUGUGAAACAAGAACUUGAAGAGAUUAAAAAGAAUGGUGGAGAAGUUGCUGCCAAGACAAAGUCAUCAACUGCUACUGCUGCUGCAUCAGAAUCAACAACAACAACAACAACAACUGGGGCAACGGUUGAACCAUCUAAAUCAACAAGUAACACCACUGCUGAUGAACCAGUACAUAAAAAAUCUAAACCUUCAAAAGAAAUCAUUAUUGUUGAAUUAUCAUCAUCGAUUAAACAAUCAUUACAAGAGAAAAUUAUUGAAUUGGUUGAGAAUUCACUUGGUAUAAAAGAUGAAUUUUUGAUUCAAGUAAUUAAUGAAAAUCUUGAAACUUUCAAUCUUAAUAAUAAACAAGAAUUAAUUGAUGAAUUGAUACAAGUAUUAGAUGAAGAUGCUGAAAGUUUGGUCAAUGAAUUAUGGGAAUAUAUAGAAACUAUAGUUUAG